AUAAUGUACAAUAAUUAACUCAAAGGAGGAGAGACUUCCUCCCUCUCUGGUUGAGACCGUCCCUGUCAUCACAUGACUCUGAUUUCCGGGUCCAUUCGGCGGCUCAUCUUCAUCUCUUCAUCCGGCUGACUGAGCGUCUCUGUCGGGCUUCUCUCUCUCUCAUCUCCUCCCUCUCUCUGGUGGCUGACACUCCAACACAUACUGAGCCAUCAUGUAUCGAUAUGCUGCAUUUGUUUUACUCCUCGCCUUCCUCGGAACCGCGUUCCAGCUGUCACAUGGCACUGAGGUGAAUGUCAAAGACAAAGACAACAAGUUAUGCCUCUAUGCCAAUCUAAUGGUCAACUUCUCAGUCUCCUAUGAAGUAGCUGACAAUAAGAGUGCAACAGUCGAGUUUGAACUUCCUGGAGAAGUCACAACAAGUGGAAGUACAUGUGAUGCCAAAAGCUCAACGUUGAAGCUUAAUUUUGGAGAAGGACACUCCUGGAGUGUGAACUUCACCAUCAGCGGAGAAAAGUACCAGGCAGACACCAUCACCUUUUCCUACAACCUCAGCGACGCAACCGUCUUCCCUAAUUCUGCAUUAAAUGACACCGCGACUGUCGCCGUGAAGCCUCAACUCCCAGAUAUAGGCUUGGACACCUGCUACUCAUGCAAGAGCAAAGAAACAAUCGAAGCUGACUCAGUCAAUCAGACGCUGUGGAACGUGCUCAUACAGGCUUUUGUCAGUAACAACAGCACAAGUGAAAACAUCACUUCUUGUGAUGCUGACGUUCCCACAACCCCCGUACCCCCCACCACCACGACUCCUGCUGCUCCUGUCACAAACUCUACUAUCCCUGUCACAACCUCUACUACCCCUCCUCCUACCACCCCCCCGACCCCCACCCUCCCCGCACCCACCAUUGGGACGUACAGCAUCAAGCCUGAUGAGAACAGCACAGCCUGUCUGAUGGCCAACUUCGGCCUGCGGGUUGGUGUCAUGAAAGAAGAGAUGAACUUUGAGCCCAACGGGACCAUCGUCUCUGGCUCAUGUGGAGUCAACAGCAGUCUGCUGAUGUUGGUGUCCAACGCAAUGUCCAUCACGCUCACUUUCGCCAACGACACAACGAAAUUCCGCCUACAUGCUCUGAACAUCACCGGAAAGACGAGCUCUGGUGUGGCGUUUUCUGAAGUGAACACCAACCUGAGUCUGUGGGAGGCGGCCGUCGGCAGCUCCUACAUGUGUAACAAGGAGCAGAACUACACCAUCACCAGCCAGCUCACCAUCUACACCUUCGACCUUCAAGUACAGCCCUUUGGAGUCAAGAAGGGUGUUUUCAGUACAGCCCAUGAAUGUUCACUGGAUGACACCAGCAUCUUAAUCCCAAUCAUUGUUGGCGCUGCGCUGGCUGGCUUGAUUGUCAUUGUAGUGAUCGCUUACGUGAUUGGUCGAAGAAAGACUUAUGUUGGAUAUCAGACACUUUAAAUCCAGUCUGCAAUCGAUACCACGGGGUUCCCAAGACUGGUCCUUGGGUUUCAUGUGCAAUUGUUUAAUUGGCAAAUAACUUAAAAAUUCACAAGUCAAAUUUCUGCUGGAAAAAACAUGCAGCAUUGAAGUUAUUGGUCAUUAUGAGGCAUGCAAUGCACAUGGAGCAUUUUUGAAUUGCAGUUGCCUCAAGAGGUUUUUAAUGAUACUAUAGUAAGGAGUAAAAAACCCAUGUAUAGAUGGAUAGUUUGGUGUUUUACCUCAAGGACCAAACUUGUCUAUCCCCAAUGUUUAUUUUUUGUUGAUUUCUGAAUGUCUUGUCUUUCCUUUCUGUUGUGUUUUUUGUUAACGAGCAAGUGCAACAUCCACCCAACCUAUUUUUAUUAUAAUCACAUGAAAGGUGACUUUCAAUAUAUACAGGUACAGUACACUUGUACAUUUACAAAAGCCUCUGGACAUUAAUGUUUCACACAUUUUUCAGUAAGAGAUGUGUGACAGUUUAAAUUAGGAUCCUGCACUUGCUCUGCAGACAUUCCCUUUUUUGUUUUCUUUGUCAUUAUUUAAUCUUUGUGCACAUUUUAUGGUGCCUUCAAAUGAAACUCGUGAGCUUGUGUUUACAACAUGGGAAGUCGUGUACACAAUAUGCUUGGUGUUCAAGUGGUUAAGUCGCUGCUAAGCUACGUCAAUAUUAACGUUACUGUCGGCGUCUAGAAGCCACAGAGGCAAGUGGGUAACAUAAUGCAGGAAAUGCAAAGUCAUGAUGACAGAGGAAACAUUAGUCAGUUGGAAAUAUCAACAUUGGCCUCAGACAUAUUAUAAAAUUACAAAGACUUGCAAUAUACAACAAAAAUAACAAUAAAUUCACUUAUUGUGUACGGAAAAAUGAACUUCCAUGGCCUCCCCCAUUUAUGACAACGUCAACAAACACGCCACAACACGAAGCUUUCUACUUACAAGGUUGUGAAUACCACCAGAGGGGGGCGUUCAUAUGGACUCUUCUCGUGAACACGCUGAACACGACCCCAUUUGAAGGCACCAUUCGUUUUUUACUUCCUUUAAGGUUUGACUUUUCAUCCCCAUAAUUAUUCACAUUAUGACAUCAUUUCUUCCACAAAUCAAAGAAAGAUGGUCACAUUAGCUUUCUUCCUUUGUGCCCAGAACAUUCAUUAAUUAAGGAUGAAGGUCUGCUCCAUUAGGAGAGUAGUCAAGGGAAUUAUGCUUUAGCCCAUGUUGGCCCCUGUAGAGCAGGAGAAACAUUGGAAUUAUUGUCCUGAUUAUGUGGCUCCAAUCAUGUUAGGAAUGUGUUUGUUGUUGAAACGUGGAGGACAUUCAGGCAUCAAGCAGUAAAAGUCCAGGUAGAACUAAUGACAUUAGCGUUGGCUCAUUUAAAUGUAAAGGCUCUGUAACUGACAAGUCCUCGUUAGUGUUAUUGAUUACACCUGUGCAUUCCCUGCUCUGCCACUCGUCAAAGUGUCCGCUGUUUAUAAAAAGGUCUCUCACAUUUGCACACGCUCCUGUCAGAGAAUACAUCUGAAAAAGAAAGGUCAACUGUUUUUUUUUUUCUUUCUCACAAUACUUUUU